CAAUCAACCUUCUUCGGCGACAGGCCAGGCAAGUGACGACAGAUUGUUACACCUCACUCAAGACAUCUUGUAUCCUGGGUUCUUCUUGCUUCAAAAAUCACCUCUGGAUCUCAACUACAUGUUAAGUGUAUGACGACCGACAUGGUAGGAUAGUAUAUGAUCCACUUUUCUCGAUGCCUAUCAAAAUAUAUAGACUGCGAAUUGUAUCCGCAAAAUCUACAGAUGCUUUCCCGAAAUGUCGUGCUCUUGCAAUCACAAUGACACCAUGGAUGCUAUCCCGACUACCAACAAAGUCGCCGGCGACCCCGAGUCCUUGAAGAACAAAACCUUGGAGACAGGGGCCGCAGCAGUACAGGUAGCUCUAUUUUGUGUACUAUGUUGGAUAAAUUGCUCACGUUACAUGAAGAACUUUGCGCCGGUUGAACGCAUCUGCGCACACUUGAAUGCCUUCCAUGUGUAUGCCGACGACCUGUCUCGUAACGUCGAGGCCAACCAUUACUGCUCGCAUCUGAACGACGAAGUGCGCCAAUGUAUCCUAUACGACUCUCCUACGCCUCCAGCACGCAUCAUCGGGAUAGAAUACAUGAUUACCCCUAGGCUCUACGAUACCCUCGAUGCAGAGGAGCAAAAGCUAUGGCACACGCACGUUUUCGAGGUGAAAUCAGGCAUGCUCAUCAUGCCUGCGCCAUCCGCCAUGCCCUCUGCCGCCUGGGAGCUCGCCGAGAACCGCGAGAUGGAAGAAGUGGCUCACCUUUACGGAAAGGUGUAUCACUUGUGGCAGACGGACAGGGGCGAUACUCUGCCAUUGGGAGAACCGAAGUUGAUGAUGAGCUUUACAAAGAAAGAACAGUUUCCAGACUUCGAGGCAAAGGUUGGGGAGAGGGAUAAGAGGUUUGGCACUAGCUGGGAAAGGAAGAAGGAUGUUAGGAAGGAUAUCGAGGAGCCGGCGGAGGUGAGCAAAGGGAAUGCGGAUUGGGUCUGGAAGGAGAAAGGGAUGAUGUAGUUGACACGUCUGUAGAGUGAGUGAUAUGUUCUGCUUGUCGAGUACCCGUACAGCUGCGUGGGGCCAAAGUCAGAUGGGGUGAAAGUAGUGUACAUGGGACGGAUGUUGUGGGAAAAGAUCUUCAGAGACCCUGCACUGGCGGCGCAGUGGCGCGGAAUUACGAGAAGAACGUGAUGGCUAAUGGCGCGUCCUGGUCUCUUCACUCGCUGUACUCCCUCCUCUGUAUGUCUGCCUUGUCCUCUCUCCCCUCGUCGCUUUCGUCCCAACUGCCUACAUUCCUUCUCCUCGUCGCACUUUCCAAAUAACCCGUGUGCUCCCAACGCCCUUACCCUGUCGACGUUUCCGCCUUCCACCGUGUCCCCGCAUCGAC